GAAACCUGUUGUUGUGGAAGCUCCAACCCUCACGCCACAGAUAUCGUCAUUCAAACAUCCGCGCUCGCCUAAUAUUCGCAGCUACACAGACACAGACCUCCCUUACCUCAUUGACCACUCUCUGCCCACUGCAGACUGCUCCAGCAAACCCUGGAAAAGCUGCCCUCACUCCUCGAUUUCCUUUCUCCCCAACGGUCGCAGUGGUUCUCCCACGCCGUUGUCGUCGUCGUCGUUUCCUUUCUUGUGCAGUUGCCAGUGUCCAAGGCCGCCAGGACCAUUCUCCGCGUGUCGACCUGCAGACCCUGCAAACCCAAGCCUGCCAACACAGCAGACCACGAACCCACCCCGUCCCAGACCAAUCAACCGGCCGACCACAGUUGCUUGUCUGCUUCCUUUUGGUGACAGCAGCUGCAGCUGUCAAUUCAAGCUCCGCUCGCGACAGGACGGACCAUGGCCUCGAAAUCUGCCAUGAUUGCUGGACGGCAAUCAUCAUAUCACGUUCCGAGUGCGCGUCGACCGGCUGCCCAGGGUGUCGCGAAGGUGCUUCUGCUCGUACUGGCGCAGAUUUCCCAUGUGGCUGCUGCGCCGGUGAAGGAGUUUCUGGGUCUGCUGAAGGAUGACGACGAGCCGAAAGAUGCGAAGGAUCCGAGCCUCUGGCUAUAUUUGACGGUAGCUGCGAUACUGGUCUUGCUGGGUGGUGCAUUUGCGGGAUUGACUAUUGCCUUAAUGGGACAGGAUGGUGUGUAUCUCCAAGUCAUCGCAACGUCUGGAGAAGGAAAGGAACAGAGACACGCGCAAAAGGUUCUAUAUUUGCUGCAGAAGGGAAAGCAUUGGGUGCUGGUGACAUUGCUGCUCAGUAAUGUCAUUGUCAACGAAACUCUGCCCAUUGUGCUGGAUCGGUCACUCGGAGGAGGAUGGCCUGCUGUUCUAGGCAGUACGGUUUUAAUUGUUAUCUUCGGCGAAGUUAUUCCUCAAUCCAUCUGCGUACGAUAUGGUCUGUCAAUUGGCGCGUAUAUGGCACCUCCAGUGCUUUGGUUGAUGUGGAUUAUGGCACCGAUUGCCUGGCCUACUGCGAAGCUGCUCGACUACCUUCUGGGACAAGACCACGGCACAGUAUACAAGAAGUCGGGGCUGAAGACAUUGGUCACAUUGCACAAGACUCUGGGCUCAAGCCCCACGGAACGGUUGAAUCAGGAUGAGGUUACUAUUAUCAGUGCCGUUUUGGAUCUGAAGGAGAAGGCCGUGGGAGAUAUCAUGACGCCGAUGGAGGAUGUGUUCACAAUGUCUGCGGAUACCGUUCUCGACGAGUCUACCAUGGAUAACAUACUCAGCGCUGGCUAUUCUCGAAUCCCCAUCUAUGAGCCAGGCAAUAAGCUCAAUUUUGUUGGCAUGCUCCUUGUCAAGAUUUUGAUCACAUAUGAUCCAGAGGAUUGCAAGAAGGUCAGCGAAUUUGCUUUGGCCACCCUACCAGAGACACGACCAGAAACCAGCUGUCUCGAUAUCGUCAACUUCUUCCAAGAAGGAAAGUCACAUAUGGUUAUGGUCUCGGAAUACCCCGGCGAGAACUUCGGUGCAAUAGGAGUGGUUACACUGGAGGAUGUUAUCGAGGAGCUCAUUGGAGAGGAAAUCAUCGACGAAUCGGAUGUAUAUAUUGAUGUGCAUAAAGCCAUUAGACGGAUGGCUCCAGCACCAAAGGCACGAGCUCAAAGAGGCAGCGUAGCGGAAAACCCGAUUGUUCACAUGCCUGAGGGUCGCCUCAUUGAUCUCGCAGAGGAGCAACAACCAACCGUGAAGAAUAUAAUGGCUGGCGAGAACACCAGUGAAGCGGCAACCACCGCAAAUUAUGGAACCAGUCCCAAGACUACAUUCCUUCGGAGGGCAUCUAGUGGGAUGGAUGGGAAUACGGUUGCUGUAAGAGGCAAUAUGAACGAUAUGCGCGAACAUUUGAAACAUCUCGGACCAUCAAACCUGGCAAGUCGACCUAAAUCGACACGUUACAAUACAGUAAAGAUCAAGUCUGCCUUGAGACCUCGAUCAGGUUCUCGGACAGACUCGAGCAUCGUUCACGAAGCCCCGAACGGAGAGCGGUAUCUUGACAAUCCAGAACCUGCACCAGAGGGUGGAGAGGGUGAAGGUCUAUUAAAAUCCGCUGGAAAGGAGGCGAGUGACGGUGUUCAUGCUUUACAGCAAGGAUAUGGUUCUUUUGGAUCUCAAGGCAGGCUUGCUAGCCGGCAGUAUGAUGGCAAGAACGAUGAGAACGAGCCACUCAUCAGGCCGAGAUCUCAACCAGAUUCACCUGGCAAACCAGUGAUCAGAGUAGACAGCCACGAGAGUCAGAGGAGUAGCGACACCCUUACAUCGCUCCACUCCGCUGGUAGUGUGCCCAAGAAGAAAGGACCAGCAAGAAGCGGCAGCAUCACAGAAAACAUCAUCGAAGCUGGCGGCAUACGAAAGGUGGUGUUGGAGACGACCAGCUCGGGCGACGAUACAAGGCUUGGAGAGAGACCCGGGUCUAGGGAGCAGCGACAGAAUGGUAACUACCAGACUACCUCUGUGGCCAAGCCCAAACCCAGCCCCUCUCCAGCACGUUCAAAGGUCCCAUCUGAUGUCUCUGAUGCACAGGGUGGUUCUCCCGACGAAGAUGCCGUGAAUGGAGCUGGAGUGACUGGUGAGCAGGUCAAGAAGAAGCGAAGGAGGACACGCAAGAAGAAGGCGAAGGGUGGUGAGGAGGGAUCAAGUGCUGCGGUUGGAGCUGAGGGAGGAAGCUGAGAUAGAUGUACAUGCGUAAGGGAUUGGUGGACGGGGUUCAGAUGAGUCGUGCUUUUUUGGCGGCAUUGCUUGCUCGGUAUGAUUCGAUGGAUUUGUGCAUAUUUCCAUGCAUCAACGGAAUGGGACGCAGUAGGGUGAAUUGUAUUAUAUGGUUAUUCACAGGGGGGCUGGGUAUACGAUGUUCCAGACAGAAGCUGCGUAUGGCAGCGAGUACCAGGCUACAAAUUGUAGCUGGUGCGCUUAAAAGUCGGUAGAACAUAUUGUACAAUUGGUCUGGCUAAAUAAUGUCUGUCUCUAAACUGUGAUUAUUGUGCUGCCU